AGGGGCUGUAAUUCAGAGGUUUCCGGAGCUGCGGUGGUGUAGACAGGGAGAGCCUGGGGUUCCGACGUCGUCGCGCAGGGAGCGAGCCCGAACCGGAUAUUUGACGAGCACCCCAGCUCCGCACUCUCUCGGUGUCUGCUAGGAGAGACCCUGUGGCCUGAGGGAGCCCCGUGGCCCGCACCCCGGCGCAAGCGCACCCCGGCCUGUCGGGCCUCAGCCCGAGAAACAGUUGGGACCCCUGAUUCCAGCAGGAUGGCCCAAUGGAAUCAGCUACAGCAGCUCGACACACGAUACCUGGAGCAGCUUCAUCAGCUGUACAGUGACAGCUUCCCGAUGGAGCUGCGGCAGUUUCUGGCCCCUUGGAUUGAGAGUCAAGAUUGGGCUUAUGCAGCCAGCAAAGAAUCACAUGCCACUUUGGUGUUUCAUAACCUCUUGGGUGAGAUUGACCAGCAGUACAGCCGCUUCCUACAAGAGUCGAAUGUUCUCUAUCAGCACAAUCUGCGAAGAAUCAAGCAGUUCCUUCAGAGCAGGUAUCUUGAGAAGCCAAUGGAGAUUGCCCGGAUCGUGGCCCGGUGCCUGUGGGAAGAGUCUCGCCUCCUCCAAACUGCAGCCACUGCAGCCCAGCAAGGGGGCCAGGCCAACCACCCCACAGCUGCUGUGGUGACAGAGAAGCAGCAGAUGCUGGAGCAGCACCUACAGGAUGUUCGGAAGCGAGUACAGGAUCUAGAACAGAAAAUGAAAGUGGUAGAGAAUCUCCAGGAUGACUUUGAUUUCAACUAUAAAACCCUCAAGAGUCAAGGAGACAUGCAGGAUCUGAACGGAAACAACCAGUCGGUGACCAGGCAGAAGAUGCAGCAGCUAGAACAGAUGCUAACAGCGCUGGACCAGAUGCGGCGAAGCAUCGUGAGUGAGUUGGCGGGGCUUUUGUCAGCUAUGGAGUAUGUGCAGAAAACUCUCACGGAUGAAGAGCUGGCUGACUGGAAGAGGCGGCAACAGAUCGCUUGCAUUGGAGGCCCUCCGAACAUCUGCCUCGAUCGUCUUGAAAACUGGAUAACCUCAUUAGCAGAGUCUCAACUUCAGACCCGCCAACAAAUUAAGAAACUGGAGGAGUUGCAGCAAAAAGUUUCCUACAAAGGGGACCCCAUCGUGCAGCACCGGCCAAUGCUGGAGGAGAGGAUCGUGGAGCUGUUCAGAAACUUAAUGAAAAGGUAACUUAGAAUCCUGUCCCUUUCCGUCAUCGCCCGCACCCCCCACCUGCCCAUGCAUCCCGACCGGCCCUUAGUCAUCAAGACUGGUGUCCAGUUUACUACUAAAGUCAGAUUGCUGGUCAAAUUUCCUGAGUUAAAUUAUCAGCUUAAAAUUAAAGUAUGCAUUGACAAAGAUUCCGGGGACGUUGCAGCUCUCAGAGGAUCUCGGAAAUUUAACAUUCUGGGCACAAACACGAAAGUGAUGAACAUGGAAGAAUCCAACAAUGGCAGCCUCUCCGCAGAAUUCAAACACUUGACCCUGAGAGAGCAAAGAUGUGGUAACGGAGGCCGAGCCAACUGUGACGCCUCCCUGAUUGUGACAGAGGAGCUGCACCUGAUCACCUUUGAGACUGAAGUGUAUCACCAAGGCCUCAAGAUUGACCUAGAGACCCACUCCUUGCCAGUCGUGGUGAUCUCCAACAUCUGUCAGAUGCCAAAUGCCUGGGCGUCCAUCCUGUGGUAUAACAUGCUGACCAACAACCCCAAGAACGUGAACUUUUUCACCAAGCCCCCGAUUGGAACCUGGGAUCAAGUGGCUGAGGUGCUGAGCUGGCAGUUCUCCUCCACCACGAAGCGGGGGCUGAGCAUCGAGCAGUUGACUACGCUGGCAGAGAAGCUCCUAGGACCUGGUGUGAACUAUUCAGGGUGUCAGAUCACAUGGGCAAAAUUUUGCAAAGAAAACAUGGCUGGCAAGGGCUUCUCCUUCUGGGUCUGGCUGGACAAUAUCAUCGACCUUGUGAAAAAGUACAUCCUGGCCCUUUGGAAUGAAGGAUACAUAAUGGGCUUCAUCAGUAAGGAGAGGGAGAGAGCCAUUCUGAGUACCAAGCCCCCAGGCAUCCUGCUGAGAUUCAGUGAAAGCAGCAAAGAAGGAGGCGUCACUUUCACAUGGGUAGAGAAGGACAUCAGCGGUAAGACGCAGAUCCAGUCAGUGGAACCAUAUACCAAGCAGCAGCUGAACAACAUGUCAUUUGCGGAAAUCAUCAUGGGCUAUAAGAUCAUGGAUGCCACCAAUAUCCUAGUGUCGCCGCUGGUCUAUCUCUAUCCUGACAUCCCCAAGGAGGAGGCAUUCGGAAAGUACUGUCGGCCAGAGAGCCAGGAGCAUCCUGAGGCUGACCCAGGUGCUGCCCCCUACCUGAAGACCAAGUUUAUCUGUGUGACACCAACGACCUGCAGCAAUACCAUUGACCUGCCGAUGUCCCCCCGCACUUUAGAUUCAUUGAUGCAGUUUGGAAAUAAUGGUGAAGGUGCUGAACCCUCAGCAGGAGGGCAGUUUGAGUCCCUCACAUUCGACAUGGAGCUGACCUCAGAGUGUGCUACCUCCCCCAUGUGAGGAGCCGAGGACUGAAUCUGCGGAGAGACAUGACGGAGGCACCUCCUGUGUUCCACCACCCUAAGCAGCCAAACCCCAGAGCGUCUGAACUCCUCACUUUGUGGUUCCAGAUUUUUUUAAGUCUCUUACUUCUGUUAUCUAUCUAUGAGCAAUCUGGGCACUUUUUAAAAUAGAGAAAUGAAUGAAUGUGGGUGAUAUGCUUUUACCUAAAUGCAAAUAAGAAUGUGUUCUCUGAGACUGUGAUCAGGGGAUGUGGAGAAGGGGUGGCAAGAAGGAGAAAAAGGAAAUGUCUUCUCUCGCUCCCCUGCCCUCCUUUCUCAGCAGCUUGUUGUUGUUAGACAAGUGCCUCCUGGUGCCAGCGGCAUCCCUCUGCCUAUUUCUGUAAGCUGAUGCCACAGGCUGCCUCUAGCUACAUACCCCUGGCAUUGCACUUUUAACCUUGCUAACGUCCAAAUAGAAGAUAGGACUUUCAAAGCCCCUAGGUUUCUUUUUAAAUUUAAAAAAAAAAAAAAAAAAAAAAUUAAAGGGCAAAGAACACCAUGUCAGCAUA